UUUAUUUUUAGUGGGAUGUAAGAGUUCAAUUGUUACAGAAAGAUCAGGUUUAGAAACUGAUGGCUGCCACAAACACGUAUGUCCUGAAGGGGGACGAUGCCACAAACUCUCAGUUUGUCAAUAUUGUUGCCAACAUUAGUCAAGCGAUGCAAAAAAUGACCACUGUGUUCGUACAACAAAUGCAAGUUAUCGAAAAUACCUUGGAGCUUCUUGUCACUUCAGGGGAUGAUGUACGCGUCAAGACUAAUUUUUCUGACAGUCUGAAGUUGCCAAGCCUUAAUAGUAAGGAUAUGCAUCCAUGCUGCGAUAAGGUUUUGAGUAAGCUGUCUAUUUUAGAAGGAGUUGUUCAAAAACUUUGCGAAUCAUUUUGUACUGAUGUGAAAACAUCCGAAAAAUCUCAAUCUAAAAGCACGAAACUGAACACACCUGUUGUAUUACUUACGGACACCAAUUGCCGGAAACCAACUACCGUUCAAGCGCAAGUAUCCCUUGACUCUAGUUUUCAGAUUAUCACUUUGAAUGCUGAAGACGAUUAUCCUGGAGGAUCAUGGUUAGGAGACGAAGAUAUUGCUGAGGCUAGAGUUCGAGUUCCCAUCUCUCCAGGCACUCUGCAGCAAAUUAACACUGCUUGUCAAACUCCUGAAAAAAUGGCCAUUACUCUUCUUGAUUACUUGUUCACAAGAGAAACUCUUGCAGUUUCAAAUUUGUCUGGUAAAGGCAAACAUGGCAAAAAACAGCUUGAUCCGUUGUUGAUUUAUGCAAUUCGUUGCCAUCUGAUUUAUAAAUUUCGUAUCACAGAAAAAGACUGGUGCCGUAUAAAGCAAAACAUGGACUCAAAAUGUCGAACUACGUGGCGGAAAAAAUUGAGAGGACAACCCCUGGGCGGAAGAUCCAAGCUACCUAUUCAACCCAGUUUCUCAUCGACAAUGGUAAACUGUAACUCAGAUUCCUCUUGUGGCAAUUUAUCUGGGAAGUCAGAGCCGGAGAUUCUUAUGAGGAUUGAUAGUGAUACCAUCAGUCUUGCAAGCCCAUUCAUCCGCGAAGAUUAUGAGGAUGUUGGUACAGGACUUUUACGAACUGUUGACGGAGAAUACAAAGUCAUUCGAGCAUCCCGCGAACAGUUAGAAAAGAUUCAGAAUGCUCACUCAGUGUUAGAAGUCUUUGAAGCAAAUGAUCAGGGCCCCUUACUCUCUGAGGAGGACACAAGAAUGACCCUUGACGAUCCCUCUGAAACUACGCUAGUCACAGACGAUGAUCAAGAAGUCAGUGUCCUAACCGUUGAAGGUGACUUGAACAUCGACUGCAAUUGAGAAGUAACCUCCAAACUUGCAAAAGGGAUCUUAGCGCUCUUCAAGUUGAUUUUGAGAGCUUCCUAUUUACCCCUCGUAAAGAUGCUUGUCAAGAUGUUGUCAGCAUUUUAGCUCUCCCUUGCAGAAGGGAUUCCAGAGUUGUAAGUUGAUGACUCAAUCUAGAUUGACCCUGUAAGAUGAUACGAGGUAACACACCAUAAAUCGUUUGUUGUGAACUGUUGAAGAAGUAACUGUUAUGUGAGAAUUGGUUCCGACUGAUACGUAAAAAUUCUGGUCAGGUUCUGAUUGGAAGCUAGAUUUUGGAGAGGAGUCGAAGAGAAUUGGCAGUGUUUGGGCGCACUGUUGAUAGUCGAUCGAUUGAUGGAUAAUUUUCAUAAUUGAAACCAUUCUUUAACGCCAUUUAGUCAAAUUAUGUUGUCGUGCCUCAAAAACUGAUCCAGGCCAUUUUCUUCGGAAAAUAUUGUGUAAUAACUUUAAAGACACCACAGAAGAAUAUCCCCGAUCAUUAGACAAAAUGAUCUGCAAUAUUGUACUAACAGCAUGGUUUGACUUUCAAUAAUUUUUAAAGGAAUCUCUUUAAAUCCAGAAAUGAUCAAUGAUUCAGUGACGGUGAAAUUGUUCUUCUACUUACAAUGGUACCACCUUAAGUUAGAAUAUACCAAAGACCUUGUACAGGUAACUAUAAAUUUAAUUUUGCUGACAGUCUAAGCUUGGCAUCUGUAGGAUUUUUCUUGGAAAUUGUCUGAAGUUAGAUUAAGGUCUAGUUUCCUGUGGCUUUAAAGUGAGGCUUCUUAGACACAGAAUUUUGUGCCAGACCUUUGAACAGCGCCACAAUUUUAUUUUUAGCUUCAUGUCAUAAAAUCUAAGUCAAGAGCUUCAAUCGGUGAAUCAGGAUGAAAUUUAUGUCUCAAAUACAUGAAUGUAAACAAAAAAAGUCCAUCUACUUGAGGACUUUUUUAAAUAAGACAUGUAUAUAAUAGUUUAUGAUUGGUGACUGGAAUGCGCACAAACUCGAAUGAGAGCAAGUCAAAAUCUGAGAUGAGGGAAACGAGGAAAAUUUGCCGCAUUAAUUAUAACUAUAUUAAAAAUCAGGGUUAGUCAAGGGUUUUUAACACUCCUGAAGAUAGCCUCCUUUUGGGUGAAGCCGUUGUUAUUUCUCGAUAAAUGGACAUGGGUCAUCAUUUUUUAGAAUGAGAGAUAUGGUGACGCCAGAGCUGGGAACCUCAAGAACUACACUGCAUCCCUGCUCACCGCUUAUAAUGCAUUCAUUUUGACUAAUUGUUUCAAAGCGCCCUCUGGUACAGUGGUUAUGAAGCUCGUCUGUUUUGCUGAUCAUAUAUGAGGACCUUUCUGGCCAAACAGCAUAUACGCAUCUAUAUGCUGCUUUAUCAAAAAUUCGCGAUAAGGAUAACUCAUACCCUGGACAAGGCACCACUCGAAUUUCAUGUCAAUAGCUGCAAAAAGACGGCAGAUAUGAUUUUUUCGGUGCCCAAAGGUUGACCCACCAGUGCAUUUCUGAAUUAACAGCUUAUAAUUAUGCAUAUUACACCUUUGCUCAAAAAUUCUGUUUACAGAGCAUCAUAUCAAGGUGUAAAAUAAACGGUUUACGUUUUUCCACCUUUUCUAACCCACAGGAAUCAUUUUUAAGGGGAGGAGGGGGAAGGGGUGUAACACAAAUGAAUAAAUUACCUGGGAAAAAACCCCACUUUACUGUGUUGUUUUCCGUUUUCUAACAGCUUUGGAGCCAUGGGAGUUGGAGUUGAGAGCCAGAAGGGUUAUCUUUCUUUGUCAUCAUUAAAACCUAAUUGUAUCACCUCGUAUCGCACUUUUCUCUCAGAAACACCCUAUUUUUGAGCAAACAGCAUAUAACUUAACUUUCAAAAUUAAUAAUUGCAGACCAGAAAUAACAUUUUAUACCUCUGUUUUGGAUAGAUUUCAGUCCUGAGGGAUUUAUUGAUAGAAAGAAACCAUUUUUGGCUUAGUGCCAACGACUCUUUGAAACCUGAGUAUGAAUGAAAACUGUAGAUAUGAUUUUAUGAAACCUGCUUUUUUCGCCGUUUGUUGUUUGGUCGGAAAAGUCCUCAUAUAUCUUCUGAUCUUGUCUAAAAAGAUUUUACCUGUUUGAACGGUACAUUUUUUUCAUGUGGCGAUGUUUAUUCAACAAGUUGCUGCCAGACAAAAUCCUAGACUAUUUUGUUAAAUAAAUUGUUUUUGCACAACUUG